AUGUCCUCAUACGCCACCAACCAUCAACCGAAUGACCACAGCUCGUGCGACUAUCGCCCCGAGUACGAUACCUCAAACCCCCACAAAUCAGGCUACCAAACCACCCAGACUACCGCCUCUGGCUCAUCCUAUGCCACCUAUGGCGUCUACGGUGAUGUUGCCCAGUCUUCCGGGUCAAAUCUGGCUGGGCUCAGCUCCGGCUCGACCGGAAACGGAUCAGCCUCCGGCACUCUUAGCUAUCGAAAACCCGAUGCUAAACGGAAGCUCGUUGUCACUGGAGAUGGAGGAUGCGGCAAAACAUGUCUGCUAAUCAUGUAUUCAGAAAACCGAUUCCCCGAGGCGUACAUCCCCACUGUUUUCGAGAACUACGUGACGAUGGUGCCCUUCCCAACAGACUCGUCAAAAUUCGUCGAACUGGCACUCUGGGACACUGCCGGUCAGGAAGAGUACGACCGGCUACGUCCGCUAAGCUACCCCGAAAGCGACGUGAUCUUCAUCUGUUUUGCCAUUGAUUUCCCGACGAGUCUUGCCAAUGUCACCGACAAAUGGCAUCCAGAAGUUUCCCACUUUUGUGAAGGCGUGCCUCUGAUUCUUGUCGGAACCAAAAUCGACCUGCGGAAAGACCAACGCACGUCGGAUCUACUCGCCGCCCAAGGCACAACGCCGAUCACGCCCCAGCAAGGGCAAGCAGUCGCGAAAGAAAUCGGAGCCACUUACAUGGAGUGUUCCGCGAAACACAAUAUCGGCGUUAAAGAGGUCUUUAAUGCUGCUUUAAGGCUGGCGAUGAGAGGCCGAAAAAUGGAGAAGAUGAAACGUAGGGUCUGUAAGAUCCUGUGA